GGGAAGCGAGGCGCGCGCGAGACGUCGAGAGAAGCGAGCGCGAGACGACGGCGGUUUGCCGAGGGGCGGUUUCCCGCGAAAUUAUUUUCCCCUCUCUCCUGUUCCGCGGCCGUAAAUAGAAUUUAUAGUUCAUUAUUUCGUUACUAUUCGGUUCGAAAGCAAUCUCCCACGUUUCUCUCAUCCGAUUUACUAACGCGUCGAACGCAUGCCGUUAUAAGUAAUAUUUAGACAUUUUUAUUUAUUAUUUUUAAACAUAAUAUGGCCGCUAUUCGCUGACAAUGUUUGCCGGAAGGGAUUUAUAACAGCGAAGCCGAAAUAAUUUGUGAGUAAAUAGGAAGCAAAAUUUUGCCUCACGUUAACGACUCGAUAUAAAUAAGUUCUUAAUUCCGAUUUUUUGACGUGUUUGUAAUUUUGCUUCGAUUGUACGUAAUUUUUGUCUUUAUGAAUAGCGGAUGUAAAAAAAAUACAUUUAGUGGCUUCACUGUAAUUUAGCCUGUUUUGUAAAAUAUGUACAAUAAAUGUAAAUUAUAAACGUGCCGGUAAAAAUAGAUUUUUCUUCUGUCAAAGCAAUCGGUGCACGUAGAAAAACAACAUUUUACGCGAAGAAUCUCUCAAAAAAAAAAACAACCCGAAGAUUAAAACCAGCUCUACGCAAAAUAAAACUAGAGUGGCGGACAAAACGGCGAAGACAAAAACAUCGUGAAAAAUAAAAACAUUUUUUUGUGUUACAAAAUAAAAUAUCACAACAAGUAAAGCGGAGGAGAGGGUUCCUCCACCAUCUCUGACUGCAGUGGCUCCCCCCCCACCCACCACCACCACUCUGCCUCCUCGACUUCCCGGGUGCUGUUUUCGCCAUUUCCGCCCAGCCACAAGAGGGCCCAUCCACAUUCUUGUUUUUCCUCGCCGACAAACAUCGACAACACCUUCGAACGAGGCGUUCGACCACAGGGAAAAAGGCAAAAGCGACGGAGAGCGGCUUACCGCUGUAUGAGCUCGGGGGUGGCAAGAUGAUGUCGGCCACGGCCACAGCGGCGGAGAAGGUGGACGGCUUCAGCCGGCGCUCCCUGCGGAGGGCCGGCCGCGCUCGACGCUCGCAGGGAUCGUCGCAGUUUCGCACGAGAGCUCACCUCGAGCUUGCACCGCUGCCAGCGCUAGCGGACACCCCCGCGUCGGAGCAGGAGGAGCUAUUCUGCAAGAAGCUGCAGCAGUGCUGCGUCAUCUUCGACUUCCUGGACUCCGUGUCAGACCUCAAGGGCAAGGAAAUUAAGCGCGCUGCGCUUAACGAGCUGGUGGACUACAUCACGGCAGGGCGUGGGGUGCUCACAGAGUCCGUCUACCCGGAUAUCAUCCGCAUGGUGGCGUACAACAUCUUCAGAACCCUGCCGCCAAGUGAGAAUCCAGAGUUUGACCCGGAGGAGGAUGAACCUACACUGGAGGCGUCCUGGCCUCACUUGCAGAUCGUCUAUGAAUUUUUUCUAAGGUUUUUGGAACAGCAGGAAUUCCAACCCAGCAUUGCCAAGAAAUACAUAGACCAGAAGUUUGUACUGCAGUUGCUGGAGCUGUUUGACAGUGAGGACCCGCGUGAGCGGGAUUUCCUCAAGACGGUCCUGCACAGGAUCUAUGGAAAGUUUUUGGGCCUUCGGGCCUUCAUCCGCAAGCAGAUCAACAACAUUUUCUUACGGUACAUAUAUGAAACGGAGCGGUUCAAUGGCGUGGGAGAAAUGCUGGAGAUUUUGGGAAGCAUAAUCAAUGGAUUUGCUCUGCCGCUUAAGGCCGAGCACAAGCAGUUUCUGGUGCGGGUCCUUCUCCCACUACACACCGCCAGGGGCCUCUCCCUCUUCCAUGCCCAGUUGGCGUACUGCGUGGUGCAGUUUUUGGAGAAAGAUGCCACCCUCACCGAGAUUGUUGUGAGGGGACUGUUGAAGUACUGGCCAAAGACCUGCAGCCAGAAGGAGGUGAUGUUUCUGGGCGAGGUGGAGGAGGUCCUGGACGUUAUUGAGCCGACGCAGUUCGUGAAGAUCCAGGAGCCGCUUUUCAAGCAGAUAUCUCGCUGUGUGGCUAGCCCACAUUUCCAAGUGGCGGAGCGCGCCCUUUACUACUGGAACAACGAGUACAUCCUGAGUCUCAUCGAGGAGAACUCCAACGUCAUCCUUCCCAUCAUGUUUGGCAACCUGUACAAGAUGUCCAAAGAGCACUGGAACCAGACGAUCUUAGGUUUGAUUUUCAACGUGAUGAAGACUAUGAUGGACAUGAACUGCGAACUGUUUGGCGAACUGACGGCGUCCUACAACAACGAGCGGCAGCGGUGCGUGCUCCCUAAUGCUGAUCGCGGGAUGGAUGGAUACGUUAAAGACUGAAGCUAGUGCGUCCUAAUGUUGGUCACAUUAAAACCUAUAGUGAAAAGAAAAAGGAAGAGGAGAGGGAGGAGUUGUGGAAGAAGUUGGAGGAUCUUGAACUGAAGAAUUCUCAAAACAAUAUCCUGGUCAAGUAAUGGUUUGUUAUUUUUCAUGCAAAUUUCCGUGAUUUAGUUUCAGCUGAAAUACAUUUGCAGAAUUCUCUCUUGUGUGAAGCAGUCGACUAUUAAAGCCUCUUAAAAGUUUCAAGAGGAAGUGAAGAUGUUGACCGUGAAUGAUGUCAAAUACUGAAGAAUAUUCUCUUCUCAGCUUUAAAGACAGCAGUAUAAAGCCGCACAUGUUCAACGCAGACAAGGAGCAGCAUCACCAAACAGAGAAGACUACUGCAAAUCACCACUCCUAACGGUAGCAACGAUAAUAUUGGUUUACAUUUAAUCUUUUAAAAAAGUUCAAACAAAUAUAAACAACCUAAAACAGAAAAUGAAGGAAUCUUGCUAAAAAUGUUUCUGAGAAACCCAUGUAAAAAAAACCCUGAACGCAGUAACCAUCUGUUUCAAAAGAAGCCGCCACCAUGUUUUACGUUUACAGGAUUCAUGGGACUUGUGCUUGCAAAUGCGUUUGCCGUGUGGACUAAGGAAUCGAGCAAAACUUUUACAAAAUGCGCGUGUCGCUGUAGAGUCACAAGCCUCUACGUGUUCGCUACUGGGGCAAUUCUUCAAAUGGACACAGAUAUAUAUAAAAUAAGAUUAUACACACAAAAGCUACAACUACUGCAUUGACACAAUUUGUGGAGCGCGUGAAUGUUGCUCGUAUGUGCGUGGACCCCUGAAACGAUGGUGACUACUGCUUAUGUAUAUGUUACAGAGGUUACAAAUGAAACCCAGUUGAGAUAUGUUUGAGAGAUGAUUCGAAUACAAUAUAUAAAUAUAUAAAAUUAUGUUUUGAGCACUGAGGAUCUUAAGUGACCGGAGUUUUGAAUCAUUCCGUGGGUGUUCUGUAAGUUCUGCUAAUGCAUCGUCCGUCUGCUGUACUAAUUAAACGUUAGGGCUUAUAAAGCCAGUGAGCAGUAUUUAACACACAGUAGUAACAAAUUUAAACCUUAAAGUGCGCUUUUUCUCCGAGUACAAUCAUAGGCGUGAAAUGUGUGGGAUGGAGCGCGUUGUUGGCCACCCUCUAGAUCUAUUAACUAUUAAUAUUAUUACUAAUGAAUGUAAAAAAAGAGCUUGUGUGUGUGCACAGUGAUCACUGUUAAGGUAUUUCUAUAUUACCUAAUGAAAUUGCAUACUUCAGCCAGAUGACAUUGUAUAUUAUAAUAAACACUGUAGUUUUUGUUUAUAGGCAUUUUAAAAUGUAUAAUGCUCAUGCUCCUUUUUUCUGUUGCAGUUUGAAGGUGCGUUAUUUGUUUUUAUUUAGUUUCCAUUUAAUUAAAUUAACAACUUUUUGGUUAACUUAAAGCACGGUGACUCGGCUUAUUUUUUGGCAGCUUUUGAGUAUGCUUUACUCCCAAGUUGCUGACGUCACGGAUAGGUUUAUUUAUUUUGAGAUGUAUGUUUAUGGCAAAGCGAAUUAAGGAAUGUUUGAGCUGAAGUGAAGACACUUUGUUAACGCACUGACUAACCAGGGGUUCCUGUGCUUCUGUUUGUAUGGCAACCGGGUUAUAAUUGAACAUUUCUCAAAUCUCCGUCACGAUAAAAGAUUCAACACCA